AUGAAACUAUACUUUCUUGAUUCCGGAGUUAAGCGUCUCGACGCUCCACUUGAUUCAGGCAGGAUCAUUGCCUGGGAACCAGGUACCACGGACCCUCAGGAAAUUGUGGGAAAACAACGGUUACCAGACGGUAUCAUUUAUUCUCGCCGUGAUGAUCGUAUUUACUGGACCAAUAUGGGGAUUCCAGAUCAAAAUGACGGUAGCAUUCUAUCCUGCAAUCCUGACGGGAGCGACAUUCAGCAAGUGCUAGCUCCAGGAAAGGUCCACACACCAAAGCAGCUCAAAUUUGAUCACACUUCGGGAAAACUUUACUUUGCAGACCGAGAAGGACUUAGAGUCAUGCGAUGCAAUACCGAUGGGUCCAAACUUGAAACUUUGAUCAAGACGGGAGAUUGGCAAACGCAAAGUCACGCAGAAGAUAAGUCUAGAUGGUGUGUGGGUAUAGCUAUAUCCACCCAGACCGGGAACCUCUAUUGGACGCAGAAAGGCCCGUCCAAAGGCUCUGAUGGUCAGAUAUUUGCAGCAAGUAUCAAUAUCCCAACAGGCUACAAUGCCGAGGAUCGACCAGAUAUUACCUGUCUAGUCAGUGGCCUGCCUGAACCCGUGGACCUCCUCUAUGAGGAACAGUCAGGGACUCUAUACUGGACGGAUCGGGGCGAGCUGCCUUUAGGAAAUACUCUCAAUUACCUCAAGGUUUCCGACUUGCAAGAGGGCGGAGCUUCAGAUCACCAUAUCCUCACAUAUCACUUCAACGAGGCUAUCGGGUUGGUACUAGAUUCCCAUGACCAAGCCAUAUAUGUCGCGGACCUUGGCGGUGGCAUAUACAAAUGUAGCCAAGAUGGUGGCAAAACGCAACUGUAUGCGGAGGAAAACAGUGCAUUCACUGGAAUCACUCUGUCCAACAGAUAG